AUGGAUUAAAUGAGACUGUGGAGCAGAAGUUGGAAUAAUAAUCGUCAUAUUGAACUGAACUCUAUUUAGAGUCAGUUGUUCCUCUGUUAGGCUAUUUGUUACUGUUUUCUGUUGUACAAUUUUUUUAAACUAUGAUUGCUAGAGUAUUUGUCCUGAUUGUUGUCUCAAUCACGUCAGCCUUGGCGAACACUAAUAAUAACGAGGUUUCAGAAUCCUUAAAAAUAUCAGGAAAUAAUCAUCGCAACCACUUCGUGCGUGGGCUUGGUCCUCAUGUUCGACAGACUUGGGGUGAACCAUGGCCAGAACCACAGAGGAGAACGUUAUACGGAGAAAAUUUCAUGGUCGUGCGAAUGGCGUUAUUCCGUUUCAAAGUGACCAAUUUCACCUGUGACAUGAUUGACUUGGCAUUAAAACGAUACUACGACAUCCUCCUCGGGGCAGGAGCAGAGUCUCAGAAGCUGAAAAUGAGGCUGGUGGUAAAUCAAGCUGAACGCGUCACUACCGGGUAUCGAGGUCAUUUGGACGUCUUAGAAGUGAACUUGCUCUCAAGCUGCGAAUAUUUACCGCACGACAACAUGGAUGAAAGUUAUAAGCUAAAAAUUGACACACCAACCCGACCAAACCGAGGUGUUUUAGUUGCAAACAGCAACUGGGGAAUUUUACGUGGACUGGAGACAUUUUCCCAACUCGUGCACCAUUCCAGGAAUCACUCUGCGUUCCGAGUGAAAAGCACUUUUGUUCAAGAUUUUCCCAGAUUCUCCUUCCGUUCGAUUUUACUUGAUACGUCGAGACAUUUUUUGUCUAAGGAAAUUCUACUCAAGAACUUGGACUUGAUGGCGAUGAAUAAAAUGAACGCGUUUCAUUGGCAUCUUGUGGACGAUCAGUCUUUUCCCUUUGAGAGUAAACUCUAUCCCGAGUUGAGUGGAAAGGGUGCCUACAAUCCGUACACUCAUGUCUACUCGAGACAAGAUGUGGCUGAAAUUAUCGAGUAUGCAAGACUUCGUGGGAUCCGUGUCAUUCCGGAGUUUGACACACCGGGUCAUACACAAUCUUGGGGUCCAGCAGUGCCCGACCUCUUGACGAAAUGUUACCAAAAUAGCACAAUUGCAGGGAGACAACCCGUACCGGAUGGGACUUUUGGACCAAUUGAUCCCACGCAGGAAAAAAAUUAUAGAUUUCUGAAAACAUUUCUGGGCGAAGUUGUUGACACUUUUCCAGACAAAUAUUUACACUUGGGUGGAGAUGAGGUGGAUUUUUCGUGCUGGAAAAGUAACCCAGACAUAGGUGCGUUUAUGAGGAAUGAAAACAUGACACGGUACGAAUCUCUGGAGGAAUAUUAUAUGCAAAAGUUGGUCGAAAUUGUGGCAUCGUUUCCGGAGAAAAAGGUCUCCAUCGUGUGGCAGGAAGUGAUUGAUAAUGGCGUUGAAAUUGAGAAGGAUAGCGUUCUCGUAAAUGUUUGGAAGGGUUGGCAUUAUCAGGAGGAAUUAGGCAACGUGACACGGAUGGGAUAUCGUGCCCUUCUCUACUCAUGCUGGUACUUGGACAUGAUCAGUUGGAAUAAUGACUGGCCUGGAUAUUACGCAUGUGACCCACAAAACUUUACGGGAAGUGCAGGUCAGAAAGAGCUCGUCGUUGGUGGUGGAGCUGCCUUGUGGACGGAAUUCGUGGACGAGACGAACGCGCUUUCGAGACUUUGGCCAAGAGCGAGUGCUCCGGCGGAGAGGUUGUGGUCAUCUGCGGACGUGAAAGAUGUGGAGAAAGCAGCCCCGAGGUUGGAAGAGCAUCGAUGUAGAUUAUUGAGGAGGGGAUACUCCGUCCAGCCGGUGAAUGGGCCUGGAUUUUGUGAACAGGUUUAGUCGAUUCUUCGGCUGUGAAUGGAUUAAUUAAUAAUGUUGUUCUGUGGUGCAAUUUCAUGAGUAGAAAUAGCGGAAUAGAUUGCAUCGUAGAUGUCGCAAUGUUUGAAUGAAACAUAAAUUAAAUUCUUUGAACUGAAUCGUUUUUAAUUUAAUCGAGAACCAAUCAACCGAAACUAACUUGUUUACGUGAUUUUAUAGAAUUUUGACCUCACUCUAAGAAAUGAUGAUUAAUAGUUAUUAUGCGGAUGCUGAUAUUUUAAAUUAAAUGAUGACAAGUAAAAGCA